AUGGAUGGAGAAUUAACUAUGAGCCAAGAAGAAGCGACGGAAGCUCACGAGGAGUCAAAACAUGAACUCAUCAGACGCCUGAGUCCAACGCAAGACCAGAAAACACGCCUCUCAUUUGAACACGAGGAGUUGGGAGACCGAAAACCAUCUCAACUUCUCAGACAUCUCAGAAGUCUUGGAGGUUCGUUCGUUUCCGACGGAAUACAACAGACUUUGUGGAUAGGCAGACUGCCUCAAAACAUGCAGGCAUUGAUCGAUACACAAAAAGAUACAGAACUGAACAAGGUCGCAGAGCUUGUUGAUGCCAUGUCGUAA